GUCCGCCAAUUCUCCCAGACACGCUCGCCCUCGUGCUCGAAGCACCUGGUCCGCGGCGUCCCCUGCGAGGGCACCAGCAUCUCGGCCAUAGUCACCGCGAAUCCCGCACUUCCGGAACCUGCACUUACUGUCUUUGAACCUGAUUCGGACGGCCCACUUUUGUCUUACCUGGUCCGUGCUGCCCCAAGAUGGAUUCCGGACUGCCGAACACUGGCAAUGAGGGCUAUGCGAACGCAAACAAUGGGAUGUUUGCAAAUAAUCAGCAGUUCAUACAAUAUGACAAUCUCUUCUCCAGUGGCAACGAGUUUUCUGCUUCCAACGAUGCUAGCUGGGGCCUAAACGCCAGCGGAUUCCACAACGACCAGUCACGUGCCCCGCCAUCAGCCACGCCAAGCUGGCAGCAGAAUGUCAACCAUCUCUCUGCUCCGGCGACACAACAUGCAUACGAUGGCACCUCCUCGCCCUAUGGACGUGCUCUCAAUCAAAGCCCAGCCCCAUACGUACAACCCAACUUUGGGGCGGUUAAUGGCCAAAACACCUACCCAUAUCGCCAACAGCAGUUCGACACAUCGCUUAUCAACCAAGGAAAUAAUGGCCACGCCUACACUCGUCCAUUCGCCUCUGCUGGUCACUCCGCAAGAACUAUUUCGCCUCAGGCCCUUAACCAGACCUCAUACAUGCCACAGACGGCACAUUCUGCCUACCAAAACCGCCCAUCGGCGGUUCAACAGCAGCCCCAGCAGCAGCCCCAGCCCCAGCAGCAGCAGCAAGCACGUCGUGUGAACCAUACCUCGCUUGCCAACUCGGUGCCCAAAGGUGCUGAUGCAGGCAUGUUCAGCAUCAUCAGCUUUGAUCACUUGUCUCGCACGACCAACUCAGAGCGCCUAGGAAACUAUGUCAACGUCGGCAAGGAACCCUUAGAGUGGGACAUCACUCGUAGCGUGAUUCCUGCAUACUUUGCGAGGCGAUCACGCAAUGAACUUCGAAAGGCUGCUGGCACGAACCAGCUUGCGCUAGCAAAGAUUGGCAAAAAGUCCAGGACACUCGCGGCAUCAAGCGGCGCAAAGGCAGCCUCUACAUCUAGUGAGCAGAUCCGAUACGAGCAGUCCUCGAGUGAGGACUCGUCAUCGUCGGACGAUGAGUCGGAUUAUUCGGACGAAGAUGUUGAUCCUGAUUCUCCUCUCCCCGCAAAUCGACCUGACUCUCCGAAGGGUGGGGUUGAGUACGAUGUCAUCAAAGCUCUUUGGCGGAGCAAGCGGAAGUCGAUUGAUGCUGCAACGAUACGUACAUCUUUGGCGGACUUUUGGGAAAUCAUUAAAACGAUAAGGGAUCGGUGGAAGGCAGAUAUAGCUGCCCUUACGGAUGCAGAGGAGAAGAAGAAGACUGGCGAACUACCUUUGCUGAGAAGCCGGGUCAAGGAUCAACGAGAAAUGGCAGAAGCUGCCUUCAGAGCUGCCUUCAAGCAUGGCCAUCGCGCUAUCGUCGAAUUACUCUCGGAGAAUAUUUCGCUUGUCUUCAUUCUUUAUCAGUUCCUGAUUGAGCGAAUGAAGGCCGAUGACCUCAACGGCUCCCUAUCACGGGCUAUACUGGAGCUCAUGGCCGCGUUCACGACUUUGACAGAAACCAAGCUGGAGAAAGUCCAUCUUGACAAGGUUUUACCACGUUUCCAGAAGAAGGGCGAUGCCAAGACCCAAUUCUGGGCCAAGAAGAUCUUGUCCAACUCAGAGCUCGCCACGAAAGAGGCGGUGGCAGAUGACCAGAAGAAGUCUGCACGGCCUGCGGACGGUGCUACUGGGACAACGAAGGCGGAUGCAGUCAGGAAGUUGGGACCAGAGCCAGUCGCCGGCGUCAAGCGCGCAGCAUCUUCCACCGCAGAUGGAGGCGCUUCCAAGAAGGUCGCCACCGUUACUGCUAAAUCUAACGGUGUCACCGCGACUACACGAAUCACUGGAAAUGCUGGCACUAAGAAGUUAGGUGAGACUGCUAGACCAGCCACUGCUGCUGGUGCAGGUGCUACCAAGAAGACGGUCGUGGCUAAGCCUUCGGGCUUCUUCUCGAGCCUGCAAUCAGCAGCUAAGAAGCCUGGAACCUCGAAUGCGGAGAGAACGGCCAAACCUGUGGCGGCUAAAGUUCCAGGAUCAGCUACUACUGCCGCUACAGCUAAACCUGCGUUCUCGUUUGCCGAGACUAUGGCCAACUUGGCCAAGCCUAAAAAGGAAGAAGUGAAGCCCGUCAAGCAAGAGGCGCCAGCACAGCCAGAAGAGACACCAGAGGAGCGCAGUAAGAGGAUGCGCAAGGAGCAGCGUCGCAGGUUGCAUGUGUCAUUCAAGACCGGAGAAGAUCUUGUGGAAGUCCGAUACUUUACGCACGAUCCCGAUGAGGAAAUAGAUCACGGCUCCAGCCAGAUGCGUGACAUGGCCGACGUCGGAGGGGAAGGCAGAAUGCUCAAGCAGAAGCAUCAAAUGAUGGACCUCGAUGAUGACGAGGAUAGCGCGGAUGAAGAGACAAAGCUCGUGGAGUUUCACGUGCCAUCGCAGGUUGAUUUCAGCAUGAACCCGGACCUCGACAAAAACUGGGCUCCCCGUGGUGGAGGUUCCAUACAGCCGAAUUCGAACGAGCGUGCGAAGAGGGACCAGUACGAGAGUAGCACGCUCAUGGUGUAUUACACCAAUCCUAGUGAGAUUCCGCCUAAUCCAAAGGAGCCAGAGAACCCGUACAACGGCGAUCAAGGAGGACCCGUCAAGAUGUUUGGGUCUCUGGAUGAUAAGUGGGUGGCUCGUGCGCGAGACGUCGCUGCGAGGCGCCAUAGCACGCAGUUCCAACCACAUCAUGCACAUGGCCCAGUCUCGCAGCCGGCCCCCGGAUACGACUUCUCGGCACAGCAGCCGCAGGUGACUCCAGAUGUUCAGUCCAUUCUCGAAUCUCUCAAGCAGAUUGCUGCUCAGCAACAGCCUACUAUGCCAACGUAUGCGCCACCUUAUAUGGGCACCAAUGGCUUCCAGCCUCCACCGCCGCCAUUGCCACAACCGGCUGCUGUUCCCGCUGCGAACAUCGACCUCGCAGCGAUCUUGGCACAGAUACAGCAACCACAACAGCAGACCUUUGGACAGCAAGGACAGGCGGCACAGCCUCCGAACUACCGAACCAAGGUCUGCAGGUUCUUCCAGGCAGGAAAGUGUGACAAAGGAGAUGCUUGCAGCUAUCUGCAUCAGUAGCUAUUUGCCAAAGGCAGUGUAGACGUUCUUGCGGCGUACGUAUGAUGGAACAGAAAGAGGAUCAAUAUGCGCUAGUGGUGUAUGAGGGCCGGCCAUGGUGCACUUGAAUGCCUCCAGAUGACCGGCGAGUCACAGAUCCGACCGGGUUAGACGGCCGACAUAGUUCAGCUAGACGUAUCCAGACAACAGAGACAUGAAAGACGAGGUCUUUUCAGCGCUGGGUGAGGCGGAUGUUGUGAUUCAAGAACUCCAAGUUGUGUAGUGCCUUGCUCCCAUGCUUUCCAGGUUCCAGAGGUGAGUGUGUUAAUUUACACCUCCCAUGUCAGGUACCAUACCAUACCUACCUCCUUACCUAGGUACUUCGGGAAAGUGGCCUGGCAACGCAGCGACUCACAGGACGCACCUGCAAAGUGCAGCUCCCACUACUCAAGUUUUCCGGUUGCCCUCAGACUUAACAACAGGUACAUAUACAUAUAUCUGUACCUACAUGUACCUAGGUUACCUACCUUAUCAUCAUUCACUGACCUACGCCGGGCACAUGACGAUCGAAGACAUCAAGACUGUGUAUCAGCAGAAGCAUAACCUCCCCUCUACCUACCAGAAUUUCGCACACGGCAAUCCGUACAAUCAUGGAACGGUACCAACAGCGACGACAAAGGGCGCAGUCC